AUGCGGUAUUCAGGGACGCAUCAAGAUGCCAUGUACUACAACACAAUAGCUGUUGGCAAAGUCAUUGCUCUGAUCCUUAUUUUAACAGUCUCUUCAACAGGGAAUGUAUUGGUGUGCUACUGCGGUUUACGGUCACCUCAGAUGUCGGCUAUGAACAGCUUAAUCGUAAAUCUAUCCGUCGGCGAACUAGCUAUUGCGUUUAUUGCUAUACCACUCAGGAUAGAACAAGAAAUAUUGGGAGGAUAUUUCGUUGGGGGACCAACAGUUUGCAAAUUGCUGGAAUACGCCCAGUCUGUUGCGCUGGGCGCCGUUACAGUAACUUUACUCAUGAUAAGCAUGGAUAGGCUGUAUUCUGUGUUGUGUCCUCUCUCCAAAAUCACUCGCCGCCAAGCGCGGUACAUGAGCGUGUUCUCAUGGUGUUACGCUCUGCUGUUCGCUAACCCUGUCUUAUACUACUUUUUGGGAUCAAAACACCAGCCGCGAGCUUUGUUGUUUAGUUGCGACCCUGACAAGCACUUUGUUUUGCCCUGGAAAGACAAACUAUUCUCUCUCGUGCAACUAUGGGCGGUGUUCCUACUGCCGAUUAUGAUCAUGACAAUCACUUAUUUUGCUGUAGUAAGUAAGCUGUUGAAACCGGAUUCAGUACACUCAACCAAAGCAGGUUUGCCUGAAUUGGCACACAAAGUUCCAGCCAACGUUGACCGAAGGUUCACGAGCUCUCUCCGCUCCAACGUGGUUCCUCUAGCCAAGCGCAAAUCCGUAGUCAUGAACUUAAUAGUCAUGGCAACUUUUAUUUUCUGUUACGCCCCGCUGGCGGCACUUUACGCCCUUGAAACCGUCGGGCAACCCAAGAGGAGAAGUUUUGAAAUUUUCCGUGAUCUGGCUUGUUUCUUAGCGCUGGGCAAAUUGUGCGCCAAUCCAGUGAUUUACAGCUUUUUUGACAGCAAUCUACGAGACCGGCUGUUUAAGUGCCGCAGAAGGAGUGCUCAAAACUCGCAAGUACAUCAGAAGAUUAUUCACCCUGGAUUGUGCACACAGGGCAAACUCAGUGAGCUUAAUGUCAGCAAUUUCUGUAGGCUUGCUAACUCUAAAGGCCAAAGUGCCGUUUACAAAGAACCGCUUCUGAGGGUGUCGUCUGGAUCUAGCCCAGCCCCUAGCGCUCCAGGGUCGGGCACUAAGCGAGAUAAGCUGGAACGGUUAAUUUGCAAUACCAGACGAUAUCGAAGUCUGGGACUUUCAACCUGGCGAAGUUCGAAUAUUUAG